AUGAUCAGACGUCUUAUCUGUUAUUUCAUUUUCGUUCUUCUCAAUGUUACAACCACUACUCAGCAGUUCGACAAUGUAUAUAUUGCUACUCCAAGACUAAAAGUAUCAUGGGGUACAAUGAGCAUACUUGAAGCAGAACGUCUUUGCCAAACUUAUCUUCUCAAACAAUCAUCAAAAUGGCAUUAUCAUAUGACUAUUGCAGGCACCGAACUUCCAAUACAAACAAAUUUAAAUCGAAUACAAAUUUUACAACUUGCACCUGAUAAAUCUCGUAAUGAUGUGUCUUCUUUUCCACAAUCUUAUAAUAGACAAAAGUCAAAAAAGUCUCCUCCACCUAGCAAUCUAACUGUUUAUAAAGGCGAAUUUCAUUCUAUUCUUACUCGAGAUUUGAUUCAAGUAGUGCAUACAAAUCCAUUAGCAUUAGAAUUUUGGUCAUUUCUUAAUGGAACAGAUGUACCUGAUGAACAAUUUUAUCCAACAUUGGUUCAUCUGCCUGAAUUGCCAGGUGGUAAGGCACGAGGAACAUCAACUUAUGUUUAUUCUGAACUUCUUUCACAUUACAAAAUUUGGAGGGAUGGAAUAUGUCAAUCGAAACAAUUUCGCAGUGGUGUCUGUCAGUUUAACUAUAAAGAUUUAAUGAAUAUAGAACAAAGUGGUCGGCUAUUUGCUAACAAAUUUAAUCAAAACCUGGAUUUAGUUGGUAUUGACUGUUGGAAACAAUGGUUACGUGUUAAACAAGUUCAUCACCAAGAUAUUGCUCCUCAAAAUUACGUUGAUAAAUUUCCAUUUACUCGAAGGAUAGCACAUAUGCAUUACAAACGCAAUCAUGGUAAAAAUAAAAAUACAAUACUUCUCUUUUAUUCAUUAGAACGCAAUCAUGUCGACGAACAAGAUUUUGAUCCAACUUCAUAUUAUCGUUUCACAACACAAUGGCAAGGCAAUAAUAAAUCUCUUGAUGUUGUCAAUGAUGGUAAAAAUAAUAAUCAACUUAUACUUACUACAACUGGUAAUUAUGGUGGACAAUAUUGA